AUGCAACACCUGCGCAUCGCCGCCUUUUGCCUCAUCGUCGCGGCCGCGCUCAUCGCCUUGCCCAACGCAGUCGCAGCAACUCACGAUGACCUUCGCCGCGGGAUUCGCAUACCACCAGCUCGCAGGCAAGCCUCUGGCUCCUCUUCGCCAUCGUCAUCAUCAAGCGCCUCCUCGGCGGUGGCCACUGCAGGCGUAGGCGAUGCUCAAAAUGUAACCGGCGCGGCCUCUGGGGGCAGCAAGUCUACCUCCUCCUACAUCAACUGGCAGCUCCCCGACACAUUUGUACAAUGCCAGCCGGCCUUGAUCUCCUUCUCUGCCGUCUUCGGCGCCAAAGACGAAGAUGCUCUGGGAGGUACACUGAAGAAGGCCAUAUCCAAUACGUGGAUCAAUCUGCGCAUCCGCCCCACUACGGGGAACGAGGAGGGGAUUAGUGAAGACUUGUCUAGCAAUGCAACAUCGUGGUCAUGGGCAGCUGUCAAUUUUCCCGAGGGUACCAACUUCGAAGUGCUGAUCAGUGCUCUCACCAACAUAACUCUUGGCAACACCACGUCCUCGUCCAAGGGCUCUUCCAACUCAAAGGACAAGAAGACCAACAACCUCGCAGUCUCCAAUGCCAAAGACGACAUUUCUCCAGUGGUCAUCGCGCGCGCCUUUGCUCGCUCGAUUGUAGUCGCCAGCCCAACAAAUGAUUCCACAUGUCUGGGCACUACGACAGCCAGCAACGGUACCGACGCGAGCACGUUCGGCGGAAGCCAUAGCGGCUCUCUUGCUGGACCAGCUGGUGGAGCUCGGGGCGAUGCUAGUGGUGGGAGCCGCAAAAAGAACGGCGAUCGUACCGUCAUCAUCGUCGCCGCCUUCCUUGGCGGGCUCGGCGGCCUCUUCAUUGCGCUGGUCGGCGCACUGGCCUGGCACAAGCGCAAAGACCAAAGGAGGCUGCGAGGAGUAGCAGAGGCAGGGCAAGGAGGAUACUCGCAUGCCAUCCAGAUGGCGAGGAGGUCCGGCGCCUUUGCCACAGACAACUCUUUGCCGCGUCCCAUGUCUCAAGGCAGCGGCCUCGCAGGCGCAGCGGGCAACACGGGAGGCAGGGGAGGCGCCCGCUCCUCGGCCGUCCCUCUCUGGGACGGAGGCUAUCGUGACGGGCCCUCUGCUGGCUGGGGUUAUAUGGCCAGCCUGGUCCCCGGUCUGGCACCUCAGGCCCCACCAGCCUUUACCUCUCCCAAUUCAAGUCCCGUUGAUGGCACCUUCGCUGCACUUCGGGGAAGGAGAGGAGGGCGUAAUCGUCUGUUGGCGACGAAUCGUCGUCAGGAGGAAGGGGAGGAGGAUUUGCCCAGCUAUGGGAAGAGUGAGGCCGAGGUGCGCGACUUGCCUAGUUAUGAAGCUGGGUUCUUGGCCGGGCUAGCAGCAUUGCAGCAACAACAGCUGAGGGGACGUGCCGGGUAUGAGGCGGCACCAGGUGGGGAGCCGACGGCGUACGAAGAUGCGACAGCCGCAAGUCAUGGCGCCAAUGCCACUGGCUUCUUGGACGAGCGCUCCGGUCUCCUAGCUACGGUGGCAGAGGAGCGGUCUUCCCUAUACUCGAACGACGGUGCAUCGGGCGGCAGCCUUGGUCGAUCAAACAGCAAUGCUACCACGAGCACGACGGGCUUCCAAGCUCCACCGCCCGCCGAGGUGGGCAGGAGCGUCACGAUGAGCAACGUAGAUCGACAACAGCGCGGCAGCGGUAGCAGCGGCGGGCCGCGCAGGAACGACUCUAAUUCCUCAACCACCAGCGCGGGCAGUAGUACGGGUAGCGCAACGUGGAGGCUCGAUGAGCGCUACUCACAGCAGCCGCGCCUCCCUCCUAUCCAAACGAGCGGGCAGGCUUUCACCCAUCAUCGCGAGGAUAGCGACAAUAGCGGUGACCACACGGCCACCGCGACGGUGAUGCGCAGCCCCUUUGACGACGACUCUGCAGCUCGUGGGCACAGGCACGGACACUCUGCGAUCACUUUCCUCGACAAUCACCACGAUGAUGUGAAUGCGGGGACGGCUACGCCUACUGCUACGACGGCUUAUGAAGCCAGAGCGAUACUCGAUGGCAUGGGCGAUGGCGAUGGAAAUGGAAGAGGCAGCAUGGCGGCGAGGAGGCGGUCGAGGGGCGGUAGCCAAUCGAUAUUGGGUGGGUUUACUGGGUUGAGUGAUGAGUAG